CCGCGCUCCACCGCGGGCGCGGCGACGUUUCCCCGCGGUCGUCGAUGACGUCUGCCAACCGUCAGCAUUCUACGAGAUAGAUGGGCGCGACGUUCACCUUCAACGGCGCCCCGCUGACGUUGAUCGGCGGCGUGGACGCGAGCUACCCCGCGACGGAAACAGACGACGCGGUCGCGGUCGCGUGCCUGGCCGUCCUGUCCUUCCCGUCGCUCGAGACGGUCCGCCUCGACUUCGAGCCGUUCGCGCCCGCCGCCGAGUACGUCCCCGGCCGACUCGCGGACCGCGAGCUUCCGCCGUACCUCGCGCUGCUCCGACGGUGCCCGCGCCCGCUCGCGCCGCAGUGCGUCUUCGUGGACGGCAACGGGGUGUUACACCCGGAACGGUUCGGCAUCGCGUGUCGACUGGGCGUCGACGCGGCGACGCCGACGAUCGGCGUGGCCAAAAAUUUACUCCGAGUGGACGGCGUGGACGCGCGCGCGCGAUCGAAGCGCGACCGCGACGCGAGUGACGUCGGCGAGGUCGAGCUCGUGGACGACUCGGGGACCGUUGUCGGCGUGGCGUUAUCCGGGCACGACGUUGCCGGCGUCGUGACGAAGCCCGUGUACGUCAGCGCGGGCGCGGGGAUGGAUUUGGCGACGGCGACGGCGUUGACGCGCGCGUGCUCGCGGCAUCGCGUCCCGGAACCAAUUCGCGCCGCGGACGUCGCGUCGAGGGCGUGGCUGCGCGAGCAUCAGGGCGCGA